AUGUCUGACGCCAGGGACCUUGAACGGGCGUUGACUAGUCUUGCAGAGUGUGAGCAGGAAAUGGAUGUGGCGGAAAGAGACGCAGAGAUUUAUCGCAUCAAAAAUACCCAAAAGAUAUAUACCAAGAGAAGUGAGAUUAUCAAGAAAAUUCCAAAUUUUUGGUACAUUGUGCUUGCUGAAAACGAGGAUUUUGCCGAGUACAUUCGAAUCGAGGACCUCAAAUACCUCGAGGCAUUGAGCAACAUUCAUGUAGAGUACGAUAUCAACGGUGCCAAACCACGCAAUUUCACGUUGACUAUAACAUUUGAAACCGAAAAUCAAGAUACAAUUAAGAACCAAACUAUUCAAAAACACUUUGAAAUUUUCAAUGAAGAUGGCGAAGAAAAGCUUGUAUCAGAAGCUGUGGAGGUGGAAUGGCCCGCAAGCUUGGACAGUAUCAACCCUCACAAGAUCAAAACUGCCCAUGGCGCAAACAUGUCCCUGGACCAGAAAAAGUUGUAUAGGCAAGGAAUGAAGUCGUUCUUUGCAUUUUUCGCUUGGACGGGCAAAAAACCAGGCAAAGAAUUCCGAAACGGUGAAGAAUUGGCUCGGCUUAUUGUGGACGAUGUCUAUCCAUAUGCCGUCAAAUACUACACAGAAGCGCUUCGAGGAGACGAUGACGAUGAAUUCACAUCCGAGGGAGAAGAAUUGGAUAUCAGCGAUUCCGACUCCGACGAACCUUCCAAGAAAAAAACCAAAACUACAUAG